CUGCUAUCGAUAGCCCCAGUCACCUACAUGAACCGGUACGACACAACAAUCACCGGCAGAGGAAAAGUUUAACAGCUCAUUAUCGGACUAACAACAUGGGGCUCUUCAUAGGUAUACCCUAGCUUUUUCGCAUCACAAAUCAAUGUAAUUUUGUGUCAUCUUGAUUGAAAGUUCCGACCGUCUACGAUAGUCACGAUGCAGUGUUAGUGGCACGUGCGGCUACUGAGCAAUUUGACGAGAAUGAUCGAGUGUUUCACAAACGGUGUUUAUUCGUUCGAAGAUCGGGCUCUUUCGUAUGGGAUCGCCGAAGCAGAUUAUCUAAGCAUCUGUCCUAAGGCGGCGCAAUCAAAAAGAAGAUGCAAAUAUGACCCAGUGAGGGACCUGAUCGGAUGAUAGUCCUUCAUAUUGGUUACCCCAUCUCGGUCGAUGAAUGAUGAUGCACAGUGGGAAAAACGCACGAGAGUUUUCUAUCUAAUUACAUCGAUAAGGUGAAUGGGAAAUUUCAUAAAAAAUACUUACGUUAGUGUAUUUUAUCCAAAUGGAGAUGUGAAUUAAUAUGUGUAGUAAUAUCAAAUUCUAAGAUCACAUAAUCUCACUAUGCUCACAGUUUGAUAAUUCAUUAUUAUUUAUUCAUCACGUACUUGGCGUUCGGGCGCAUCUCACCUCGUUUGCACGUGUGAGUUAUGACUUGCUUCACAGCCUAAUCGCCGUCUUUUUCGUUAAACCUCACUCCUUCGUUUUUCAAACUUGGUAUUUUUCCUUUUUGUUUGACUGUCUCUAUCUUGGAGGCAUUUCAAAUAUUCAAAACUCGAAACCAGUUGACUGAAUGAAAAGGUGGUCCAUUCGGAAUAAAGAUCCACUUUGACUAUACGAAGGGUCGCAGUUCAAGUUGGGUCGUGAGACUUGGUGCAUCACAUUUUGGAGUCUACUGUUUUCGAAAACGCAAGUGUUUGAUUAGAAAGCGAGAAGAGAUGGCUGGCGUUUGGGUGCAGUUUGUGUUGUGCUUGGUAUUCGCCCAGUUGGGUCAUCUAUACCCCCAGAACGGAAGCUUUGUUCGGAGAGAUGUCCGAGAGUAUUACUCAGAACCCAUAAACAACAAUGUGGUGCGAAAGGAUUUCUUCAUACUGGAAGUUCCCGAAGAAGCUAUCGAAGAUGAAAUUGAGGAACAUAUGGCCGUUAUGAUGGAAAGGCGAGCCAAGCAGCAGUUGGCGUUGGAUCGAUUCAUUCUGAAGCUGUACGAAGAGUUUAGGAAGAGAGAACGUGAGGGUACCCUGAAUACCUACCGUCAAAGGUUGUGACAUAUAUAAAUUAGUUAAUAAAACGUGUUGUAUUACUA